AUGUCAACAUCACCCCCAAAAACAACCGAAGCCUGGACUUACACCUCCCCCUCAACCCCCCGCACAGCCCUCACCCUCACCACCUCCCACCCUCUCAACUUCCCUCCCUCCAACUCAUCAGAAGAAACCCUCCUCAUCUCCGUCUCCCACGCAGCCCUCAACCCAGGCGACAUAGUCAGCUUAACCGCCAUGCCUUUCUUCCUGCACUCCACCCCCUCCGCCGUCCCAGCCUUUGACUUUUGCGGCACCGUCCUCCGGUCCCACAACCAGGCAAGAUUCUCCCCGGGGGACAAUGUAAUCUGCUUCCCACCCCUCCCCCACAUGCUCAAGACAGGAAUCGGCGGUCUCCAGAAGAUUGUCCCCAUCCCGGCAAAAUACUGCGUCAGACUCCCCCAAGGAAAGAAACCCAUCGACGGGGCGGGGUUGAUGCUUGCCGGUUGCACCGCCUUGCUUCAAGUCCGUCAGGCGGGGGUAAAAAAGGGGGAUAGAAUCCUUGUUGUUGGGGCUAGCGGUGGGGUCGGGAGCGCGGCGGUGCAGAUUGUUCGUGAUGUUGUUGGGCUGGGGGGGUAUAUCGCUGGUGUUUGCUCUGGUCGGAAUGAGGGGUUGGUUAGGUCGCUGGGGGCGGAUGAGGUGGUGGAUUAUACGCUUCACAAGGACCUGCCUGGGUAUUUAACAGAGAGGUUUGGUGGGGAGGGGAGGCGGUUUGAUCAUGUUAUUGAUGGGUAUGGGAAUCAGGAGUUGUAUAAAUUCUUGUGCUGGGUUUUUGAAGGAGGGGGGGGUUUAUGA